AAAGCAUUUCAUUUACGAAUAAAGAAAGAAAAGAUUAAUAAAGAAGAGAAGGAAAUAAGGAAAUGGGGUUGAGAAUAUCUUUCGUUUUGCUUCUCUUCUUCCUUCUUCUUGGCAUUGCCACCCCUUCAUUCAUAGAUUAUGAUAGGCUGGAGACUUCAGUAGUGAAAGGGCGUUCCCUUCUUCCUGACAACGGUUGUCCAUUUGACGUGAAGAACAUAAACUACACAAUAGUUACGAGCCAGUGCGAACGUAGCCAUCCCAGCGCCAAGCCAUGCUGCACAUCACUUAAGAAAUUAACCUGCAAAUACAGGGAUCAACUUAACCAGAAUGCCGCCACUUGCGGCACUCAAUUAUUCCAGAAUCUCCGUCUCAAAGGCAAUUAUCCUGUUGGGCUUUUCAACUACCUCUGUAAGGAAGGCGAGCACGGCCUUGACUGUGAAGGAUAUUAAUAUAUGAAAAAAAAAAAUGCAAGCGGAAAAGGCAGGGGUUGAAUUCUCGUUGUUCCGUUUGCACUGGCCUGUACAAAAUUUGGAAUAUAUAGAAGCCUGCCUAACAUUUUGAUUGCAUACAAAUUUUGUACUGGACAUAUAUAAUUGUACCUGUUUUCACGGGCUUAGCCUUAAUUAUAAUCUACUCCUCAAAUGUAGUCUCCAUAUUUCCUGCCUCUCAGGGUGGAUACUUCAAAUAAAAUAUAUGUUAUUCAAGAAUCAAUAUAACACUUUCUUCGCGUUUA